AGUGUGUGAGAAUUCGCGAGUUGGAUAUCUGCACGCGUUGAAAGAUGUUAUGGUCGUCGUGCGUGGAUCAUCAGCAUCAGCAAUCAGCACACCAGCAGAGCGUCAGUGACACUUUUUCCGGAGCUUCUCACCCACAAGGGCGGACAAAUCCACUCCACGUCGCCCCACCGCCCACGCGACAGCAACAGCUCAUCCAGCCCCUCGAUCUGGGCACCAUUUCUAGGGUAGCUGCAGCCCAAUUUUGUCACCGCCACCAUCGGUACAACCUACCCCAACGAAAUCCACACCCACACCCACAGUUACCAUCAUCAGCGAGUGUUGAUUAUGCUGCGAUUCCUGUGAAUCUGUGAUAUUUCGUAAACAAUCAACGAUGGAACUUGUCGUGCCACCGGAACUGGAGGAGUUAAUUUUGUGCAGUUGCUGCCAUUUGCCAUUCAACGACACGGACGCCACGCCAAAGUUAUUCUCAUGCCGUCACCACUUUUGCUUAAAGUGUGUCAAUUCGGUGCUCCUCAAGGGUGGCGAACUAUAUUGCGUCCAUUGCUGGAAGCGCACUGAACUUCCGGCGCCCGACAUGAAGCCGGAAAAUCUCCCCACGUACAAUGCUAUUCUGUACCUUGCCACGAACCUCAACCUGUUGAACUUCAAGUCAAAACCACCCGACAAGGCCACCCAUCAGCACCACACGGCCACCAGUGGCACCAUUGGCAACUCCCUGGCGGCCGCGGCGGCCGCGGCGGCGGUCGCCAGCAGUGCCAAGAUGAAGAAGGGCGAGAACUGCAUGACGCACGCCAUGCCAAACGCCCUGUGGUGCCUCAAGUGUCACACACUCGUCUGUCGCGCGUGUGCCGGAAGUGAGGAGCACAGGAAUCACACGGUGAAGACGCAGAUGGAGGCGAGAGAUGCCAUCAGGAAUGAUAUUGCCACGGAGUUGCUCAGUAUGCAAAAAUCCCUCUCCGAAGUGCAACAUCUUGUGCUGAAGCAGAGAGAUUUCCUCCUCAAAAUCCUCGAGGCAUGCACAUCGCUCAAGACUCAAGUGGAGACGGAACUUAUCAAUCACUUGCCCACCUUUGAGAUCGCAGAGAUGCGCGAGAGUCUCGGCAAGGCGAAAAUCUACCUGAACAUGCUGGAACAGCAAACACCAGCCGACGCGUACAAACUCUAUACAACCCUCCACCUUGAGAAGCAGCGCCUACAGUCGAAGCAUCAAGAGAUGUUUCUGCAGUGCAAAUUGGACGAUCUCAUACGCAACUACGGAGUGUUGUUUGACUUUGAACUGAUCAAGCAGGCUCUGGCGUCUCUGCACAGCGGCGAGACAUUCAAUUCCAUCACCAUGAACGGCAUGGGCCACCACAAUCCCAUCCUCCUGCUGGCCAACUACUGCAUCUCGCAACUCUACUCGCGACACAUUCUCACCAACAAACACUCGCAGGCCUUGGCGGCCGCGGCGGCCGCCAGCAACGGCUCAAUGUACCACCAAGCGGGAACAUCGCAAGUUCUCACGCCGAGUCCCCACGAUCCCAGCACGCCGCACGGCAAGGUGUUCGGCGACCUCACGUCGCCCAGCAAGAUCACCGCCACCUCCUCACAGUCAGCGCCACUGCCCCCGGGAGCCCCACAGCCGCCGGUCGGCACGGGCAGCUCCUACGGCCACCACUCCGACGCCCUGGUGCCCGUCGCUCAGGGCCCAGCAGCGCCGCAGUCCGCCAACCUGCGGCACUCCACGUACGAGAUCAACGGCAUCGCCGUGCCCAUCUCCAUGAUGCAGCAUCUGCAGCAGCAGAGCAACAGCCAGGCCUCCAUCCAGUCGCCCCAGCCACCCAUCUGCACCCCCAACGUGCACGUGUACCCCAUCUACUUCUUCAACAUCGAGAUCAACGGCUCACCGUGUGGCCGAAUCCUCAUCGAGGUGCGCAACGACGUGGCACCGAAGAUGGCAAAGAACUUUGGCGCUCUCGCCACAGGUGAGCUUGGCUUCGGCUACAAGGGUUGCCAGAUCUUCCAGUGCUGGGAGAAUGAGUCCAUAAUCACGGGGGAUUUUGAGCUCAACAAUGGGCGCGGUGGGCGUUCGGUGUUCGAAGAGGGCUUCUUCAUGCCCGACGACACCAAAAUCCUCGCCAUUCGCGGCAGUGUCGGCAUGAGACGCAGUCAGAAGAGGCAUGACAACAUGGGUCUGGUUGGAUCACAAUUUCGCAUCAUAUUGCGCGAAAUGCGCGGCUUCACGGGUAUUUUUGCAUUUGUCGUUGAAGGUUUGGAUCUUGUUGAGAAGAUAAGUCAAGCAGGAGAUUCCGCGGGUAAACCGCAAAGUAACGUUGUGAUUGUUAACUGUGGGAAACUACAGUAGGAAAAACGGAAUUCGUUUUAUUCUAUUUAGAAAACAAACAAAAAAAAGGAAGAAAAAGAAAAAGAAAUCUAACUUCAUUAAUUAUACACACAAAUUUUUUUUUUGGGAACGAAUAGUUUUCUUAGUGGUGAUUGGAAAUGGAUGAACUUGUUUGUGGAUUGAUUGUGGAGUGCUUAAAGUGGGGA